AUGUCUCGAUCUCACCUUGGCUGUGGUUUCGCAGUUGCUGUCUCUGCCGUAGCAAUGUACGAUUGGGUACUCACAUUUGGACAAGAGGUGGGUAAUGCUAUCAUUGGAGUGGACAUCUUGCUAAGAACAGCUUUAAAGGUUGAACUGGUCUGGAGCCAACGCUGGUCCCUUAUGACCUUUUUAUAUCUCAGUGUGCGCUAUCUUGGAUUACUAUUUGCCAUCAUCGGCAUCCUGUGUCAGGUCAUGCAUGUCGCACUAGAUUAUAUCAGUAUGGUCGGAGGUGUAAUGCUGGGUGUCAUUAUGAUCGCUCGCUUACAUGCCAUGUAUCAGCGAUCUAAAAAGGUGCUGGUAUUUCUCGUCGUCAUCUUCCUGGUUAUCAGUAUCUACAACGGAGUAAUGACCACACUCUCAGCGAGGCUUAUUUCAGGGGAGGAGCUCAUUCUCUCCGAUACCUAUCAGUGUAGCCUCACCUAUAAGGGAGAUGGCGUAUUUGUGUGUCUCAUCAUCUGGACGCUCAGUACUGUGUGGGAGGUUCUUGUACUUUGUCUCGCAGUCCGGAUUGCUGUCAAACACUUCCGUGAACUGCGACGAUAUUCGGCAGCAGGGCUCAUUGGGGACUGUUUCACGGUGUUAAUGCAAACUCACCUGAUUUACUUUGCGAUCUUUUUCGCUAUUUCUUGUUUCCAGCUCAUUAAUUUGCUUUCGAUCAUUUCAGCGGACGCAUCUUCCCUGGAAUUUUGGAUGCAUCUUUGUAUUUGUCAAAUUUCCCAGCUCGUGUACAUGUUUGUGCUAGGGCCACGCCUGAUCCUUAGCGUUCGAGAAUAUAACGCUAAGCUCGUAGACGACUUAGAUCCAGCAACCGGCAUGACGUCGAUUUCUUUCUGGCAUAUCUCAACCAGCAAUGUGUAG